AUGGAGGUGGCCGUCGAGUCCGGGCUCCCCCGGACUGAGGUGGUCGAAGUGGCGGGGCCCGUGGGAGGCCUCGGGGACGCUGCGCUGGCUCUGGGUCUGGGUCUGGCCCGCGGCCGGGAGGGCGGGAGCGCCGCGGCCGAGGAGGACGACUCGGACUUCGGGCCGGCGGAGGAGGAUGGGGCAGAGCAGCCGCAGGAGGGCCUGGACAACCUGGUGGACGCCCACCAGUUCCCCAUGGUGGGUUUCCGCUUCAUGUUCCUGGAACUGGUGCACUCGCUGCUGUGCCGCGUCUACUACAACAACCACAUCCUCGUGCGGCCCCAUGGCGGCCGCGGGACGCUCCGGCCCCGGGCCUGGCCGCCCCGCGGCCCCCGCGGGCACCCCGCGCCCCCCGCCGCCCCGCCGGCGCGGGCGGCACCGGCCAUGGCCCGCGAGUCCGAGGGCUCGUCCGAGGAGGAGGCCGCCUGGGAGACGGCGGAGGAGCCCGACCAGGAGCCUGAGGAGGGCCGGGCGACCACCAAGGGAACAACUAAAUAUCAGUAUGAGAAGUCUGACAAAGAGGCCCACGACUCUGAAAGGGACGAAGAAAAAGACAAGUUCAACAAAAAACAAGAAGGACCCGACUAAAAAAGAUCUGCCCCAACAGAGAACAGGCCCAGAAAAUCCAGUUGGCACAUAAGAAAGAAGAUGAAGAA